AUGUCAGCAUACACCCCACACCCAAAGAAGAAAACUGCAGCAGAAAGCGGCUGCCCUUUGUCUCCCCCCCCUCCUGGCGUUGAGUCGCAGCAGAAGGUUGCUGCUGCGCAGCGCUCCCCUCUCAGCAGCAACAGCAGCAGCAGCAGCAGCAGCAGCAGCAGGAGCAGCAGCAGCAGCAGCACAUGGUGGUUUGAGUCUACUUAUGGUGAAGCAGAGGAUGCCACAAGCCCCUGCUUGCUGCAGGCUGCAGCAACACGAGCUGGAGCGGCCCCCACAGACAUUCGGCAGCUGAAACAAGAAAAAGAAAAAAAAGAAAAAAAAGAAAAAAAAGAAAAAGAAAAAGAAGAAAAAAAAGAAGAAGAAGAGACAAAGUACGAGGAAGAAGAAAAAGAAGAAGAAGAGUAUGAGGGGGAUGGUCGCUGCGUCUCCGGGGCUGACCUUCAGCACCGCAUGCAGCAGCAGCAGCAGCAGCAGCAGCAGCAGCAGCAGCAGCAGGAGUUGCUGCUAGGAGAGAAAGAUGAAGAGGAGGAGAUGCAGGAGCACAGCGACACCGAAAUAGAGACAUACUCUGUCUCACCUUCAGAGGGGUUCUCCUCUCAGCAGCAACAGCAGCAGCAGCAGCAGCAGCAGCAGCAGCAGCAGAUACAGCUGCAGCAGCAGCGCAGAAAAUGCUGCCACCCCCUUCACGAUGAGACGGGGCCCCUAUCAGUGCUUCCUCUGUUUAGUGUAGUAAGUAGAACGGGGGCCUCUGGGGGCCCCCCAACCCCGAAUAUAGACUAUAAAGCCGAACAGCAGCAGCAGCAGCAGCAGCAGCAGCAGCAGCAGCAGGAGACAGAAGAAACAGAGAGGAGACAAGAAGGAAACGAAGAAGAAAUAGCGCUGCGAUUGCUGCAGCGUGGAGCUGCCUGCCCCAUAUAUAAUACGGAGCAGCAGCAGCAGCAGCAGCAGCAGCAGCAGCAGAAGAGAUAG